CCGGGCUAUACCUCUCUGCUUCUGUGUAGGGUUUCUCUGGACCGUCUCGUCUCUCUUUUCUCUGUGGCAUUCAUCUCCUCGGUCGAAGGUAGACGGAAUGGUGAAGGUGAAGGUGAUAUCGCGUUCGACGGAUGACUUCACCCGAGAACGCAGUCAGGACCUUCAGAGGGUAUUUCGAAACUUCGAUCCCAAACUUCGAACUCAAGAGAAGGCGACGGAAUACGUCCGUGCUUUGAACGCUGUUAAGUUAGAGAAGAUAUUUGCGAGGCCAUUCGUUGCGGCUAUGGAUGGGCAUAUAGAUGCAAUCUCGGCAAUGGCUAAAAAUCCAAAUCACUUGAAAGGAAUAUUUUCGGGUUCAAUGGAUGGAGAUAUUCGCCUUUGGGAUAUAGCUAACAGGAAAACAGUAUGUCAGUUUCCUGGUCACCAAGGUGCAGUGCAUGGAUUGGCAGCGUCUACAGAUGGUCGAAUUCUUGUGUCAUGUGGAACUGAUUGCACUGUGAGGCUAUGGAGAGUUCCUGAUUCUUCUUUAAUGGAGCCUGAUGAUGCAUCUGAUGACUCAGCCAAGUCAUUAGCAGUUUAUGUCUGGAAAAAUGGAUUCCGGGCUGUUGACCACCAAUGGGAUGGUAACCUUUUUGCAACAGCUGGUGCCCAAGUAGACAUAUGGGACCACAACAGGUCCCAGCCAGUGAACAGUUUUGAAUGGGGAAAAGAUACUGUAAUAUCAGUUCGAUUUAAUCCUGGUGAACCUGAUAUUUUGGCUACAUCAGCUAGUGAUAGAAGCAUAGCUAUAUAUGAUUUACGAAUGUCAUCUCCUGCAAGAAAGAUUAUUAUGAGGACCAGAACCAACUCAAUCGCCUGGAAUCCCAUGGAACCAAUGAAUUUCACUGCUGCAAAUGAGGAUUGUAACUGCUACAGCUAUGAUGCUAGAAAACUAAAUGAAGCUAAAUGUGUUCACAAGGAUCAUGUUUCCGCAGUGAUGGAUAUAGACUAUUCACCAACUGGUCGUGAAUUCGUUACUGGAUCUUACGAUAGAACAGUGAGAAUAUUCCAUUAUAAUGGUGGUCACAGUAGGGAAAUCUAUCAUACAAAGAGGAUGCAAAGGGUGUUCUGUGUGAAGUUCAGUUGCGAUGCAAGUUACCUUAUCUCAGGAAGUGAUGAUACCAACCUUCGUUUAUGGAAAGCUAAAGCAUCUGAGCAAAUGGGAGUGCUUUUGCCCAGAGAACGUAGAAAGCAUGAAUAUCACGUGGCUCUCAAGAAUCGUUUCAAGCAUCUUCCUGGAAUCAAACGCAUUGACAGACAUCGUCACUUGCCCAAGGCAAUAUACAAGGCUUCUAAUCUGAGACGGGAGAUGACUGAAUCAGAAAGGAAGAAGGAAGCUAGAAAGAGAGCUCACAGCAGACCAGGCAGCAUGCCAAACGAGCCAUUACGUAAGAAAAGAAUCAUUCAAGAAGUUGAAUGAGUGGCUGCUUCAUCCUCCCUUACACAGUAUUCUUUCACUCCUACCCUCGGGAUAAAACCCAGAACUGAACCCAUCAAGAACAUCUAUUUUAGGGAGCUUAGAAUCUAUUUCGACAAUCUUUGUUUUAUAAUUACAUGUAAAGGAACCAACACUCCUGCUUUAGCUUUAGAUCUUUUGGUCUGGUUAAGAUGAUUGGUUUAGAUAUAAUAUCAAACCAAACACAAACAGUUAACAAUUUUGAACUCUUCCACCAAUAUUGUACUGGUAUUUUAUAUCUUUUAUAAAAAAAUGCUAUUUCAUUCUUUUA